CAAUUUCUUUUGGGCCAACUACGUUACCAUCCUUUAGCACAACAGCGUAACCAUUAAGCAAAGAGAAAACAAAAUUGGGCCUCUCGACAAAAGAAAACCAAGAAAACCCACGCUAGCAGCUCGUGUUUCAAACCUCCCGUGCAAAAGAAAAGAGAGAAAAAAAGGGGAGGGUUGUAGGGUUUUGCGGUAGAAACUAGAAAGUGGGCAGAAAGCAGAAAGAUAGAGAGGUUUUGCAGUUUAGUUUGUUUUCAAUAGUUAAGUUUUAACACAAAACAAAUCAUAAAUCAUGCACGCUCCAGUUCUCGUUCUAAAGGAUUCGUUGAAACGGGAGUCUGGGACCAAAGUUCACCAUGCUAAUAUCCAAGCCUCCAAGGCUGUUGCUGACAUCAUUCGAACAACAUUGGGUCCUCGAUCCAUGUUGAAAAUGCUCCUUGAUGCUGCUGGAGGUAUUGUUGUUACUAAUGAUGGGAAUGCCAUUCUACGUGAGUUAGAUCUUGCACAUCCAGCAGCAAAGUCAAUGAUUGAAUUGAGCCGUACUCAAGAUGAAGAAGUUGGAGAUGGAACUACAUCUGUCAUUGUUCUUGCUGGUGAGAUGCUUCAUGUUGCAGAAGCCUUUAUUGACAAAAAUUAUCAUCCAACAGUAAUUUGUCGAGCAUACAAUAAGGCUUUGGAGGAUGCUAUUGCUGCGCUUGACAAGAUUGCAAUGCCCAUUGAUGUGAAAGACCGUUCAACUAUGUUGGGACUUGUGAGGAGCUGUAUAGGAACAAAGUUCACUAGCCAAUUUGGGGAUCUGAUUGCUGAUUUGGCAAUUGAUGCAACUCAAACAGUCGGAGUUGACCUUGGCCAAGGCCUGCGAGAAGUUGAUAUUAAAAAAUACAUUAAAGUAGAGAAAGUACCCGGUGGCCAGUUGGAGGAUUCUAAGGUCCUCAAGGGAGUGAUGAUCAAUAAAGAUGUAGUUGUGCCUGGCAAAAUGAAAAGAAAGAUUGUCAACCCACGUAUUAUUCUUCUUGAUUGUCCCCUCGAGUAUAAGAAAGGGGAGAACCAAACAAAUGCUGAGUUGGUUAGGGAAGAAGAUUGGGAAGUCCUAUUGAAAAUGGAAGAAGAAUACAUUGAGAACCUUUGCAUGCAGAUUCUGAAAUUCAAGCCAGACUUGGUGAUUACAGAAAAAGGACUUAGCGAUUUGGCAUGCCAUUAUCUUAGUAAGGCUGGUGUCAGUGCAAUUAGGAGGGUGAGAAAGACAGACAACAAUAGAAUAGCAAAGGCAUCUGGAGCUGUUAUUGUGAAUCGUCCUGAUGAAUUGCAGGAAUCUGAUGUUGGUACUGGAGCUGGGCUACUUGAGGUUAAAAAAAUUGGGGAUGAGUUCUUUGCGUUCAUUGUUGAUUGCAAAGAUCCAAAAGCUUGUACAGUUCUCCUAAGGGGUGCUAGCAAGGAUCUCCUGAAUGAGGUAGAAAGAAAUUUGCAGGAUGCCAUGUCUGUUGCAAGAAACAUAAUCAAGAAUCCGAAACUUGUUCCCGGUGGUGGUGCUACAGAAUUAACUGUUUCUGCCACUUUGAAGCAGAAGAGUUCAUCUGUUGAAGGCAUAGAAAAGUGGCCGUAUGAAGCUGCUGCCAUUGCUUUUGAAGCCAUACCACGUACUUUGGCACAGAAUUGCGGGGUUAAUGUGAUUCGAACCAUGACUGCUCUGCAAGGAAAGCAUGCAAAUGGUGAAAAUGCAUGGAUUGGCAUAGAUGGGAAUACUGGUGCCAUUGCUGACAUGAAAGAGCGAAAGAUCUGGGAUGCAUACAAUGUGAAGGAGCAAACUUUUAAGACAGCCAUAGAAGCCGCUUGCAUGCUUCUAAGAAUUGAUGACAUAGUAAGUGGGAUUAAGAAGAAGCAGGCUCCUGGAGCUAGCCAAGCUUCAUCAAAACCCAAGGUUGAGACAGAAGCGGAUGCAGAUGGUGAGCAAAUUCUUCCUGACUGAAGAUAGUGGACCAGUUGAACUGACCUGACAUUGAAAGUAUUUGCUACAAAUGAUGGUUUGUUUUGGUCGGCUAUUUGGGGAUUUUUUUGAGCAUUUCAUUUGCUUUUGUAUUCUUAAGAACUUCAAUCUGUGUUUGGUGUUGUUUUGAAACUGUAGAUUGUUGUUGGAUUAAAUUUUAAACUGUUAUCAGGUUAAGCGUUAUUAGCUUAUUGUUUCAUUUGGUAGAUAGAGUAACUUUUAUUUUAUUGGAAUCUCUUUAUUAAGAAGGAUAGUUCUUUUUGUAUUUUUUUUUUCAAGUUUAUUAAUGAGAUUGAAUUAAUAAAAUCUCUUAUUCGGCUAUCAUUUUGCUGAACAUCAGACAUUUACUUAUUUGACAAAUUAUAAAAUAUUUAAAAAAAAAAA